UGCGUACGGCUUGGAAACUGGCGGCUGGGCUCUUGGACGUGCGGGUUUAAGAGCCUGCUUGCUGUUGCUGAGCUGAGGCGCGCUUUUAUCAUCUUCGCCUUUCCGGAUAUCUGGAUGCAUCGAUGCCGUCGCGAUCAUGGCGCCGCUCAUCAAACGAGACGUGGAUAUGCAAACACCCAUCGCGGCGGAAAUUGUCGUCGCUAUCGUGGUUUGUAUCCUGCUGCUAUGCCUUGGUCCGCUGGUCGGACUAUAUCGUUCACAAAGACGACGCAAGCGUUUGCUUCACACGUCGCCCAAGACCAGAAAGCAAACACGUCAAAGACUUGAUGGUGUGACGCGUCUUGUCACCGCGGAGAAAAGCGGUCGAAACACUCUCACUGCCGAAGAAUGCUCCAUCUGCCUGGGUCCUCUUUACCAACCCCGACGGCGUUCGACAGACACCGAGCCCGGAAGCCAGGACCACGAGUCAGAAAUGAGCCACUACACCCACUCGUCCGACGAAGACCGUUUUGAAGACGACAUCGUGGCUUUGCGAAUCUGCGAUCACCACUUUCACAGCGCCUGUCUGAUUACAUGGUAUCUCUCGAAACGAUACGACUGCCCUUUAUGUCGCAGGCUGUACACGGUUUUGCCUCAUUCGAGCCGCGUCCAGACUUGUCGGACUUGUAUUGGAGAUUACCUCAACCGUAGAAGCUCGCCGCCGAGGGAUCCCAGGGAGUUGAUGUUUUAGAGCUUUUGGAAGUUGAGGGCUAGCACGGGUUUUUGUUUUCUUAAUGUUUAAAUUUACACAAAAUCCUCAAUAGAAUGAACUUCCUUUUCAUGUUGCAAGGAAAAUGACAAGAAUCUAUUGCUC